GGGGGGCAGGAUCCGACUCGGGUGAUAUUCCCCACCAGCUCUAGCGCGCUCUCUUCUCUUCUGCGUUCUGCGAUUCUCCACCUCUUUUCGUCUAUCAAUCUUCGCACACGACGGCCCACCGAACUGGCGAUGGUCUUCCAGGCGCGCCCUAGGUAUAUGUGAUGUGCCCGACAACCACGGCGAGCACAGCACCACCAGGACACAGCACAGCACUGCGCCAUUUCCAUUCCCCUUACAUUACCUGAUUGAGGAUCUCCCCAUGUCACUCGUCACCUGUCUCGCCCACACGAGCACCACCCAAUCGAAUAAAAAGCCAUGUCUUUUUUCGCCGGAUAUCGGAAAAAAGGGACCACAGCAAAGUAUACUUGUUCCUCCAGUUUGUGUGACUCACGAAUCAGUCGGCUCUAAAUAAAAGCCUUGAAAAGCUCGAACCCGACGAGAGUAUCUCUGGCACCCCGUCUCCCUCCCCCACCCCAUACUCUCUCCAAUGCCUCCAUUACCGAUGGCUGUCCCGCCUCUCGUGCCACGCAAUGCCGCGGCCCCCACCAACAACACUCCUCGCGGAUAUGAACCACAAAAUGACAGGAUAGCGAGACGUACGUCAGUGGCUAUAGGCGUUGCCCUCAUAUGUUUCGUGACCCUCGUGCUCGGUCUCUAUGUCGUCGCUAGAUGGAGACCUACAAAACGCCGGGGUCCACCUAUGCCUCCGCCGCCUAAUGCCAGGCCUGAGCGUCCAAGGAGACGGACGGGAUUCAUAGGCUGGGUUAGAGCUGCUCCUUUCAGCACUCGGGAGUUCACCAGAGAGCAACAGAGACAGCUAUCUUCAUCCAGCCCAGAAAGCUCAGAGCCCUCGUCGGGCGCAGCCACCAUCAACGAGGAGUACAAGACCUUCACUCUCCCCAGCUCCAAGGGUGCUCGCGUCCAUGGGGGUGCUCACCGCGCCACUGUGGAGAUGGCAGAGGUAGAUGCGGUCAGUGUGGGUCGUGAGCCUUUGCAAUAACAUCGGCUUAGGUAUAUCGUCCCUGGGGCAUCGAAGAGGAAAUGGAAUAUUGUCUCUGCCAUCGCACCGCGGACGUUAUGCUGCACACGAAUCUAUGUACUUGUAUCCCUUAUGACGUCCUGGGCACGGACCAGGCUUUUCCUUUUCUUUCUUGCAUACUCUCCUUUUUCUGUGCAGCACACCUACCUUUUUGCAUACUCCCAUCCACUUGUAACAUACUGUAGCACGACGCGAAAUGCGGAUGUUUUGGCUUUCACUCGGGAAGGUUAGGGUUGGAUAUGAGUCAGAGCCAAUGAGAUGUUUUGGAUAAGGUUAUCACAGUAACUAAAAUAAAUAAUUCAAAAAUAGUUCUUGGUCAACUCCCAA